AACUUAAAUUAGUUAAGGUCAGAGAAACGCGUGUGCAAUUUAGUUUUUGACUUUUCUUUCUUCAUUUCUUAACAUCUUCGUUCCUUGGCCAAACCCAAUGCCGUGUUGAGGUUCGUGAUUCUCUAAUUCUUCAACGCCAAAACAUUUUUUCCAGAAUCACGAACCUCUUUAAACCCUUCAAAAUCUCUCCUCUCAAAACCCAACCCCUCUGAUUUAUUUCUUACAGCUAUUUUGAAAAACCUUUUCUUGCUUUGGAUUUUCGACCAAGAUCAUCGGUUUUAUUUGUAGAGAUUUAUUUGAACCUGUACAGAUAUUAGUUACUUGUAAUGGGUUGGCUUAGCAAAUUUUUUAAAGGCUCCAACCAUGAAGUUUCAGAAGGGGAUUAUAACUGGAGAUACGAAGAUAAUACAGCACCAUAUGGAAAUUAUCCUUCUACAUCAUGGGAUCCACGGUCUGAGAUAGAUGAUAUUGACCGUGCAAUCGCGAUAUCACUUGCAGAGGAAGACGGGAGAGGGAAACAUGUGAUUAGUGAUGAUUAUCAACUGAAAGAAGAUGAACAGCUUGCAAGGGCUCUACAAGAAAGUCUGAAAGUUGAGUCCCCACCCAGACAUAGAUACGGAAACAGAAAUGGAAAUGGAAAUAUGUAUCAACCUAUACCGUUCCCGUAUUCAACAGGAUUCAGAGUUUGUGCCGGUUGUAAUUAUGAGAUUGGUCAUGGAAGAUUCUUAAGUUGCAUGGGUGCGGUUUGGCAUCCGGAAUGUUUUAGAUGCCAUGCGUGCAAUCAACAAAUUGCUGAUUUUGAGUUUUCCGUGUCGGGAAAUUAUCCUUAUCAUAAAGCUUGCUACAAGGAGCACUAUCAUCCUAAGUGCGAUGUUUGCAAACACUUUAUCCCAACAAAUGCUGCUGGGCUUAUUGAAUACAGGGCACAUCCUUUUUGGGCUCAGAAAUAUUGCCCAUCUCAUGAGCAUGACGGGACUCCUAGGUGUUGCAGCUGUGAGCGAAUGGAGCCACGUGAAACAAGCUAUGCCGCUCUUAAUGAUGGUCGGAAACUAUGUUUAGAGUGUCUUGACUCGUCAGUUAUGGAUACAAGCGAGUGUCAACCAUUAUAUUAUGACAUUCAAGCAUUUUAUGAAAGUUUGAAUAUGAGAGUGGAACAGAAAAUUCCUUUACUUUUGGUUGAGAGGCAAGCACUUAAUGAGGCUAUGGAUGGAGAGAGGAAUGGUCAUUACCACAUGCCUGAGACACGUGGGCUUUGCCUUUCUGAGGAACAAACUAUCAGCACGGUUUUGAGAAGACCAAGAAUUGGGAUGGGAAAUCGGGUCCCGGACAUGAGAACGGAACCAUAUAAGCUAACACGUCGCUGUGAGGUUACAGCGAUUCUCGUUUUAUAUGGGCUUCCAAGGUUGUUGACAGGGUCAAUUUUAGCUCAUGAAAUGAUGCACGCGUGGCUUCGACUUCAAGGUUAUCGAACACUGAGUCAAGAUGUUGAAGAAGGAAUAUGCCAAGUUUUAGCUCACAUGUGGUUAAAGUCACAAAUAGCGUUUAUAUCGAGUAGUAACACGUCAUCUGCCACGUCAUCAUCAAGGCAAGGGAAAAGAUCUCCAUUCGACAAGAAGCUUGCAGAGUUCUUCAAACACCAGAUUGAAUCCGACAUGUCACCAGUUUAUGGAAAUGGUUUCAGAGCUGGCAAUCAGGCUGUGCUAAAAUAUGGACUUCCAAGUACCUUGGAACACAUUCGGUUGACAGGGAGCUUUCCUUUCUAAAUUUGAUACAUUUUCAGUUUACAUAAUUUUUGUAGUUUUUUGUAUUUUAUUUUAUUCUUUUUUUUUUUUUUUUGUCGUAGCCAUUUUGAUUUUUCUUUUUUUCGUGUAGAUAAUAAAACUAUAUACCACUAUUGAAAGUACAUUUAAUAAAAAAAUCACUUGUAUUCUU